AGCCUCGCCCUCGCUGCAGUUCAACUGGGGCCACCGCCGCACCUCGGGCCGCUACGACGCCGCCCGCCAAACGUCUUCCAGUUCCUUCCUGGACCUCCCCUUCCCGCGUCCUUCGUGGCCCAACCGCGACCCCGCCCAACCGCGCCGCCGUCAACAAACUCGGCCCUCGUACCCCGGGCGCCUUCGCCGCCCGAUGCCGCCCCGCGCCCGCCCGCAUACCCCCGCCCAACCUCCCGCCUCGCUGGCGCCGGCGACCGGGGCGUGCUCGACCACGUCAGGGACAUGUGGUGGCUGAGCGCUGCGGACGACACUCCCUACGACGGCAGCGGCACGCUGUACGAUGCCGUCACGGAGCCCGUCUACCGACCGCAGGCUGGGGCGGAGGAGCGUCAUGAGCAGAGGUAG